AUGAGUAUCCCACUGACCACACUCACUGGCCCGUCAUCCUCAUCAGGAAUAUACCCAGCAUCAAUCUACGCUUCCUCUUUCGAUGAUGAGGAACUGGACUUGGGCGAUGAGGAAUUACCAUCCUACUUUGCCUCAUCGCCCCGUUACUCGACAUCGACGCUAAAAGGGGACACAAAGGGCGACGCCGCCAGUCUUACACCACGUCGCAGAUCAUCUACUGCUGUUCCAUCCUUCUUUACCCAGAUCGAUGAGGAUCUGGUCGCGUCUGUAGAAACGUCACGACACUCGUCUGUACGCAGUAACAGGAUUGUAUCUGAUGACGCCGCAAACAAGACUGGGAUUGUGAAGAGAUUCUUCAGGACGAGGGCAUAUGUUGUAGGAGUUGCAUCUCUGGCUAUCUUUUGUGAGGCUGCGUCGUUUUAUACGUUUAUACCCAUUCUUCCGUUCUACACCGCUGUGGACCAGUCAUCAACUUCUGUUUCUAUCUUGCUUACUGCUUACUCUGUUGGCAACAUCAUAAGCGCACCAUUCUUGGGCUGGCUAUCAGACAAAACAGGUUCUCGACGAGCUAUCAUGAUGUGUGGUCUCGUUGCUGCAGCAGCCGCUAUGGUCUGUCUUGCAUUCGUGGAUGCUUCAUAUGGUGUACUAUUCUUUGCUCGUUUCCUACAAGGAUUUUCAGCUGGCGCGUGCUGGACUCUAGCUCUAGCCAUGGUAUCUGACGUGUUUGGAGACGGAGAUGGCAAAGGGAAAGCCAUGGCUGUGGUCAAUGUGGCACAGAAUGUUGGCCAAAUAUCCGGUCCCCUUAUUGGCGGUCUCCUCUUCACCCAACAAGCCUGGUACCCGUCUCUAUUCUGUGGCAUCCUCAUAGCAAUCGACUUUGUAGCGUGGUACUUUGUACCAGAAACCGCAAACCUCAACAAUAACGCCAAACCAAAUAAUAACGCCUCGGCAUCUUCUAUAAUGUCUACAUCCAUGCUGAGCUGGAAGCAACUGCUCAACAACCGGGCACUACUCAGUUUACUAGUUGGAGCCUUCUUAUGGUCUGCUGUGGCAGCAUGGGAUGUAGGCUUCCCCAUCUUGUUGCGAGACCGAUAUGAACUAGAUACUGCUCGAAUAGGUGCUAUACUGCUGUGCGCUGAUGUGCCUGGAUUAGGCGCGGGUCCGUUGGCUGGAUUCUCGUAUGAUCGAUAUGGAUUUAGGCCGACGUCUCUGGUUGGAUUGGUUUUAAUGCUUGCUGCUUUUGCAAGUAUGGGUGCAGCUGCGUCUGCUCCUGGUGCGUGGGGGUUGGCUUUAGCCCUAUGCUUUUAUUCUGUGGCAAAAAACUUGGCGUUUUCGACUAUUAUUCCCGCCUUAGCAAGUGUCGUGCCUCCAAGUGGUGUAGGCCGAGUAUACGGAAUCUUUAACGUCGUGUACGGAAUAGGUCUAUCGAUUGCUCCCAUCGUCGCUGGAUCCAUCUUUGAGAAGUUUGGAUGGGUGCCUGAAAUGGGGUUUUUGUCUGCUCUCGUUGUAGUGUUAGGAACUGUUACGCUGAUUGGUGUCGGGAAGAGUCUUAAUAAGAGGAGCUACUUUACUAAUGCAUAA